AGUCAAAACAAAAAAAUAAUAAACUCAAAACUGUUUCGUUUUAGAUAAACUAUCAUAAAAACAUGAGUUUAUAUCUGCAAAUGACUUCACACCAAAAUAAAAAUAUCCCUUUAUUUGUUAAGUAAACGUAUAACAGCUAUGAUAUAAACGUGUAGACUACAGUAGUAGGCAGAAAUGUUUCGAAGCAAACUGCUAUGUCUAGGAUUAUUAUCCAGCGUACCUUAUUUAUUUAGUAUAAAAGGUGAUUUCGUAUUCGACGAUUCCGAGGCAAUAAUCAAAAAUAGAGAUUUGGAGUCAGACUCAUGGCUCGACCCGUUUUACAGCGAUUUUUGGGGAACAAACAUCAAAAGUAAUCUGAGUCACAAGUCGUACCGGCCUUUGACUGUUACUACUUUUAGGCUUAACUAUCAUUUAAAUGGCAAAGUUCUGUCUGCAUACCAUUUUAAAGUAGUCAAUCUGAUUCUGCACGUUUUAUGUUGUGUAUUAGUGUGGUGGACGUUAAAUGUGAUAUGGAGGAGACUGAAUUAUAAAACAAGGAGGCUGGAUAUCCCAUACUUGGCUGCUCUUCUAUUUAGCACACAUCCAGUACAUGUAGAGGCUGUGAGUGGUAUUGUUGGCCGAGCUGACAUUUUAGCGGCUACGACUUUUUUUUCAGCUAUCAUUUUGUAUGACUAUGGGAUGGAUAAGAAAAUUUGCAAUAUUUAUCUUCCUCUGAGCAUUGUUCUAUCAGGGAUGUCAAUGCUGUUCAAGGAAAAUGGUGUAACUGUACUUGGCUUUUGUGUCAUUUAUGAUAGUUUGUUAACAAAAUAUAAAAUGCCAUCAUCUAAGAAUAAUACAAGAUCUUCAUAUCAAAAAACUUAUUUUGUAAGAAGGGUGAUAUCUGUAAUUAUUUCAUUAUCAUUACUUUUAUAUGGACGCUGGAUGGUAAUGGGUGCAACAAAACCAGAAUUCAAAAGUAUAGAUAACCCAGCAGCUUUUAGUGAAAGCUUUUUCUCAAGAGUAGCUACUUACAAUUAUAUUUAUUUUCUCAAUGCAGUAUUGUUAUUAUGGCCGCAUUGGCUUUGCUAUGACUGGUCCAUGGGCUGCAUACCUUUAAUCAAAGACUUUCAAGACUAUAGAUUAUUAUUUGUGGUACUGCUGUAUAUUUAUGGCGCAAUAUUUGUUAUUAAUUGUAUUGAUGUAAGAAGAAAACAAUUAUGUAGAAAUUUAAUAUUCUCUUUGUUGCUCAUUGCCAUUCCAUUUUUGCCAGCCGCAAACAUCUUUUAUCCUGUUGGCUUUGUGAUUGCUGAAAGGAUAUUGUACAUACCUUCUGCUGGAUACUGUCUUUUGAUUGCUAUUGGUGUAGAAAAAAUUUAUAACAGAAGCCGAAAACAUAAGGUUUCCACUCUGCUGCUAUUCUAUUAUACUCUUUUUAUUUUUGGACUUAAAACAUGGCAUCGAGCCUACGAUUGGCAGAACGAGUAUAAACUAUUUUUAAGCGGCCUCUCAGUCUGCCCGUUGAAUGCUAAAGUGCGCUACAAUGUCGCUAAAGUCGUGGACGCAAGGAAUUACACGGAAUGGGCAAUUUCUGAGUAUAAAACUGCAAUAAGUUUAUAUCCUGAAUACUACCAAGCUAUGAAUAAUUUGGCUAAUCUGUUAAAGAAUAAGAAACAAUUCUCAGAAGCUGAAUCAUAUUUACGAUCAGCGAUUCAAUUCAAAAGGGACUUUCCCGCGGCCUGGAUGAACUUAGGAAUAGUGCUAGCUAACACUAAGCAAUACAAGGAAUCCGAGCAAGCUUAUAAGAUUGCUUUAAGUUUCAGAAAUAAAUAUCCUGAUUGCUACUACAAUUUAGGAAAUCUGUACUUAGAACUUAACCAAACUCAUGAUGCCAUGGAGAAUUGGUUCAAAGCGAUCGAUUCAAGCCCGAGCCACGUAUCUGCGUGGACUAAUCUACUGGCUUUGCUUGAUAAUACAGGUCAAACUAAUACGGCUUUACGAAUUAUACCCCGAGCUCUGGAAAAUCUUCCCAACUCUCCGUCGGUCCAUUUUGCUAUAGCCAAUAUUUACGGAAAAAUUAACCGCUACGAGGAUGCCGAAAAACACUUUAUAAUAGCUAUAAACAACUACAGGGAUAAAGUCCAAGCUAUCCAUUUUGCUAAUCUAGGUGUCCUAUAUCAUCGUUGGAAAAAAUAUGAAUUAGCAGCUCAGAUGUACAAAAAAGCUUUACAAAUAAAUCGGAACUUUACGAGUGCUAAGAAAAAUUUGGAGUCAGUAACUAAAUUUUUAUAAUAGCACAGUCACAACUCAAUCUAUGUUGUGAAACAAUUCAAUAAGGCUUUAGAGGCUAAAAUUGCCGAUUUAAUAUUUAAGAAAUUAUUAUUAUGUACCCAACUUUCGUGUCAUGGCCCAUGGGCCAUGGCCAGAAUAUUGUUUCUCAGUCAUGUAAGUG